AUGAGUAACAGCGAGCUUCUCUCCGUCGAGCCUCUGGACCUUCAAUUCCCUUUUGAAUUGAAGAAGCAGAUCUCUUGUUCUCUUUACUUGACGAACAAGACCGACAAUAAUGUGGCCUUUAAGGUUAAGACUACGAAUCCGAAAAAGUAUUGCGUUAGGCCUAACACUGGAGUUGUUCUUCCAAGGUCUACUUGUGAAGUUCUUGUGACUAUGCAAGCUCAAAAGGAAGCUCCUUCUGAUAUGCAGUGCAAGGACAAGUUUCUGCUUCAAGGUGUAAUUGCUACUCCUGGAAUCACGGCAAAAGAAGUUACUCCUGAGAUGUUUAGCAAAGAGGCUGGGCAUUUGGUUGAGGAGACUAAACUGAGAGUUACUUAUGUUGCUCCACCACGACCACCAUCACCGGUUCAUGAAGGUUCAGAAGAGGGUUCUUCACCAAGGGCUUCGGUUUCAGAUAACGGACAUACUUCUGAAUUUUCUUUUCAGAGAUUUAGCGCGGACAAGGUUGAACCUCAAGAAAACACAUCUGAGGCAAGGGCUCUCAUCACGAAGCUAACCGAGGAAAAACAGUCUGCCAUGCAGCUGAACAACAGACUUCAAAGAGAAUUGGAACAAUUGAAGCGUGAAAGCAAGAGAAGCCAAAGUGGUAUCCCUUUCAUGUACAAACCUGUACCACUCUCAUUGAGCUCUCUCUGUUCAUGUCCUUGUCGCUCCACUCCAAGAAAAUCUCUAAUUCUUCCACAUUUCUCUGAGAAGAACUCGAAUUUGCGUCUCUUUGAUUCCAAAUCACUGUCUCGUUCUCGAUUUAGUGGGAUUCCAGUUAACCGGCGUGUAAUUACAUCUGUUGCUCGAGUUGAAUCAGAUCAGCUUGGUGAUGAUGGUAACUCGAAGGAGGGACACGAAAGAGAUCAAGAAUUGAAAAAUGUGGAAGAAGAUUUGAGCGUAGAUCAACAAGAGCAGAAAUCCAGAAGCCAGUUUAAGAAAAGAGUAGUAUUCGGUCUAGGAAUCGGAUUGUCUGUAGGAGGUGUUGUAUUAGCUGGAGGAUGGGUUUUCACAGUAGCAUUAGCAGCUGCGGUUCUUCUAAGUGCCCGAGAAUAUUUCGAGUUAGUGAGAAGUAAAGGAAUUGCUCAAGGAAUGACACCUCCUCCACGAUAUCUAUCUAGAGUCUGCUCGGUUAUAUGUGCUCUUAUGCCUAUACUUACAUUGUAUUUUGGUCAUAUAGAUAUCUCGGUGACAUCAGCGGCUUUUGUUGUUGCAAUGGUAUUGUUGUUACAGAGAGGAAACCCACGUUUUUCUCAGCUUAGUAGUACUAUGUUCGGGCUGUUUUACUGUGGAUAUCUUCCUUGUUUUUGGGUUAAGCUACGGUGUGGUCUUACUGCUCCUGUUCUAAACGCCGGAAUUGGAAGAAGCUGGCCAAUCGUCCUCGGUGGCCAAGCACAUUGGACAGUUGGACUUGUUGCAAUAUUGAUUUCAUUUUGCGGUAUAAUUGCCUCAGACACAUUCGCUUUUCUCGGUGGCAAGGCAUUUGGUAAGACUCCUCUUACUAGCAUUAGUCCAAAGAAGACAUGGGAGGGAGCUCUUGCAGGGCUUGUUGGUUGUAUUGUCAUUACCAUUUUACUCUCCAAAUCUUUGUCCUGGCCUCAAUCUCUUUUCAGCACAAUUGCGUUUGGGAUUCUUAACUUCUUCGGAUCGGUCUUUGGUGACUUAACCGAGUCAAUGAUCAAACGAGAUGCGGGUGUCAAAGACUCCGGCUCACUCAUCCCUGGACACGGUGGAAUAUUGGACAGAGUUGAUAGUUACAUAUUCACUGGUGCAUUAGCCUACUCCUUCGUAAGACUUCAUGGAGUUUGA